AAAAACCCCCGCUUCCUAACCUACUGCCCUUACUGCCAAAGCUCAGGGAGAUCUUUGUCGUCAUCUUCUUCACCGAACAACAUCACCCGCUCUCUCACACCUGUUCUCAGUGACGACACUCAUCCACCCCCUUAUUCCUCCCUCCAUCUUCCCCCAGCUUACACACCCCUUUCAUCAUCAUCAUCACCACCUGUACCCAAAUUGAAACAACCCCCUCCUCAGGAAGAAGAAGAAGAAGACAUCCUCCACUUCCUCACCCCCCACGACAGCAUCCCUUCCCUCUCCCUGUUAUACAACCUCCCCUCCUCCCUCCUAAGAUCCUACAACUCCCUCCCCACCGACUCACUCCUCCACGCCCGCCGCACCCUCCUCAUACCAGCCUCCCACCUCCCCAAGGGGGCAAUCUCCCAUUCCCCCCGUCCCUACGAGGGAGAGGAGGAAGAGGCCCGGAAAGGGAAGAUACGUCGUUGGAUGGUCGCCACAAAGGAGCAUGACUAUGACAUCGCGGUCACUUACCUCGAGGGGGCGGGGUAUGACUUUCACGAGGCGGUGGGUAGAUAUAGCGAUGAUGUUAGAUGGGAAAGGGAGAAUCCGAUGAGGAAGGGGGAUGUGAUGAAGCAGGGGAAGAGGAAGGUGGUGAGGGGGUUGGUGGGGGGUUUGUUGGGGGGGUAG